CACCAACCACAGAUAAGAAGAUUAGAGAGGAAUUAAUGGUAUUCCUUUGUCAUUAUAGGAAUAAAUUGAUAUUUGGUUUUAAAUCAGAGGGAGGGGACAGUGGGAGAGUCAGGGCAACAUGUUGUGUCAGGAGACGUAAGCAGAGGGAUGACACAGAGACAAGCAAACCACGGGGAUGCCUGUGCACUGGAGCUAAGCACCGGAUAUAUCUUGACUAAUGUUCACCAUGUUACAGAAGAUGAAAGAGCGGGAUAAUGCAGAAGUAGCUUGGUGUGUGUGUGGUGGGGCAGAAUGAGCGCUGCCGCCGGGACAUGGAAGUGCCAGUAAAGGACGGGGGCAGCUGUGGCAUUCCCUGGACGAGACACUGACCCGGCGUGAGGAACGUCUGGGUUCCUCGCGUUUAUCCAGCCGCACUUUAACCAUGAGAGUGGCCCUCCUGGCCCUAAGACUGAUGUGCUUGGCCUGGUUGUGGCCUGUCACCCAUCUCAACGGCAGCCACUACCCCAACAAGAGGAGACACAAGGAGCAAUAUGUCGGAGAAAACACCAAACCAAAGCAUGGAGGGUGAGCACAAGUGGACUUCCUUACUUGACAUAGUUUUGGAGUUGUUCUUGUAGUUAAAAAAUACUUUUUGAUGACUGGAGUCUGUAUUUUGUGUCUUUUUGGUGGGCUUUUCUGUAUGCUGAAUUACAAUGUCAGGAGUCAUGUGAGGUGACAGGUGAUCUGUGUGUUUUAUAUUAAAAAAAGAGCUUUCCUGCGCUGACAAACAAAGUCAGGCCUCUCUUUCAGAUUAUGUGGAUUUCUAGGAAGACAGAUGGGACUGUGAGAGUACAAAAAUCACUUUAGCAUCCCAGUCAAUUUAUAAUACAAACACAUCAGAGAACUCUAAAAAUCUUUGACCUAUUUACAGCUGUGUCACAUCAGUAUCAAUUAUUUGAAAACCAAGGCCUAAGCUGUAAGAAGAGAGUUUUAGUCAAAUUAUCCAUCAUGAACUCCAUCAACUAGAUGUCAGCUCUUUUUAAGUGUUGCAGAAACACAAAGAUGGUGACAGACAGAGAAAGAGUUUCUACAAGCUGAUGUUUGCUCUGUGGUUCUCAGACGUGUGGAUCUCAAGAUGAAAAAGCUGGACAGCACCAAGUCGAUGCUAAUCAAAUCGGAGCAGCUGCUUCGGAUCGAGGACCAUGACUUUGCAAUGCGACCAGGCUUUGGAGGUAAGACACACGCCUGAUCCAUCUAUCUCACUUUAAAGCUUCGAUCUUUAAUAACCAUAUGCUUUCCUGCCAUCUCAGUGAGGUUAAAGUAGGUUACUGUGCUGUCUUUGGUAUUACGCCUCCAAAAAACCUGAGUGACCUAGAUAGUCUGCCGUGUGAGACGAUGAUUGCAGACAGUACCAGUACAGGAAAAAUAAUCUGAUAUGCGUGCCUAGUAGUUGUGUUAGAGAAUAUUUAAGCGAUUUUACUUUUCCUGUUUCUCUAAGCAUACGCCUGGAUUUUUUGAUGAUUGUUUCCACUAUUAGUUGAGUUGCACAAAAAAUCAGUUCAUAUUCUGAUAACCUUUGCACCAGGCAGCCAUGAAUUUAACUCACAGGAUGCUUUUUGGCAGCUAAGCAAACAGUCCAUCUCCUUUGCAGAUAUUUUAUCAGUUUUUUAAUGCACUACCCUAGAAACUGACAACUUUAUGGUUCAGGCCCUCAGGGAGAUACGACUCCUUCAUCAUGUUUAGCUUUAACAAGAGCAGCUCAACCAUAAUUCAACGUAUGUGUUUCUUUAAAAAUCUGUUACAGGCACACAAUGUGAAAGCUUUGUCCUGUAACAAGUGGGCUGGAAAAGACUUCCUGAACACCUCGUCACUGUGUCAGCUCUUACGUCAUUGUGUUUUCCUCUCCAACUAUUAGAUCUUACAAAAUCAACAAAGAACGUUUGAUUGGAUUGAGCGUUUUGUAAGAUUCAGAUCAAUUAAUCCGAUUGUUUCAACAGUCACCUAUUGUUGGUUUUGGAGAGUUUUGUUCUCACUGGUGUUCAAAUAGAAUCAAUGAUCGAGUAUUGUAAAAAAAAUUAAACAGGACUUUGCUUCCAGGACCCUGGCUGCCUGAUAUAAUCCUUCCUACUUGACUACUCCAUUGUUAUCACAGACCACCGGUUUAGAGAGCUUAUUCAUUAGAUAAUGGCACAGAGACAUCAGGAUAUUUACAGUACACAUCAUGGGUUUGAAGUAUUGUGCAACUGGACAAUGACCUGAAGACCAUUUCUCUACAUACUGCAUCGGAUGCUUAUGUAAUCCUAAAUACAGUUGUUUCCAACCAGUCCUUGGCUUUUGCUGAAUUUUAUUUUUUUAGAUUUUUUUUAAACAUAAAAUUCCUAAAAUUUUGGCAGCAUUUUUUAAAAACUUAAAUGCCAGUUGGAGUGUUUAGGCACCUUUUUUUAAAUGACUUGAAUGAAAAUACGUAAACAUAGGUUAACAAGUGUGUUGAAUGUUCUUCGGCUACUUACCAGUAAAGUCCCAGAUUACAAAAAUUUGCAGGAAAUGCUUGAUAAAGAAAGCAUUUUAUAAAAUCUUUUUAAAACUCCAAACCAUACAAAUAACCAGCAAGAAAUACCAAAGUUUAAAGUGCAGAAUAACUUAAAGAUGUCACUAACACUGGCUGACUUGAUGCUUUAAUAGAGCAUCCAUGUAAUAAUAUUUACACUUUUUAACACACUGCUUAGACUGCCAUGCUCGUAUGAGAGAAUAAAACACUAUUUCUAUGGCGUAAAGGUCCUGUAGUUUUCCCCUGGUUUAUUUCCUGGCUCUGACUACCUCUAAACAUUUGAAGCUUGAAAUGUUUUUCAGCGCAAUCUUAAAUGUUUGUGAGCAUUUUUAUAAAGCAGUUAAACACAAAGACAAAGUACUGACAUGUUACGUCAAAGAACACAAAAAAUAAUAAAUUCAUAAUGCGGGAGAAUUUAGAGAGCAUUGAAAUAUGUCCAGUUUGUGUGCAUAUAGAUGCAGUUGUUGUAGAGGCUCAAAUAACAAUAAAUCCAGAUUUUCAAAAAGUAAUGUUUUGCUCCAGGGUUUGACACAAGUCCAGAAAUGUUUGCCAAGGGGAUUUGUUGUCCUUGAUUUUUGUUUUUGCUUGUUAUAAGGAAGAUUACGUAAGACAUACCAAUUUCCAUUUAACUGUGCAGGGUUGAAUCAUGGAUAAAUGCUUCAAACCCAUUAAAAAUCUGGCGAGGGUCCAGACCACAGUCAAUUAUAUUGACCCAACUGUUACAGCACUAUCUAUGGCAGUGUAAAAACAAGCAGCACUGACAUACCAUCUGCCUAAGGCAAGGCAUGCUCUCUGAGUUUUCUUGUAAAUGGUGAAUGGACUGUAUAGAGCAUUUUCGAGAGUUCUGACCACGAACAGAGCUUUCACACUGCAUUACAACACUCACCUGGUUUUACUUAUCAUUGUAUUCUGAAGGCAGAGGCUGCGACAUGAUGUGCUGAUCAGUAUUAACAGAUCUCAUUCACACAAAUAUAACCACGAUAGGGUUCAGUAUUUUGACUGAGGAGGUUUGAGCAAAUGGACAGCAAAAGCUGAAAGUAAACUGCCAACCUGCUGAUUAAGUAUAAAAGAUGGCUUAAUGGUAAGCAUUCAAUUUUACUUAAAGCUCCUUCUGAAGACAAAAAGCAGAUUACAGACUAAAAGUGUCCAAAUACACCCUAAAGCAGUAGAUUUGCAGGAUUAAGAAUUACUUCACUUAAUAUGGCGUGUACUGUCUAACAGAUGAUUGUAAUCAAUACAUGACGGUUAUUUAAAAAGAGCUGGAUCAGAUAAAACGUUACGCCGAGUCAUGCUUUAGAACUACUCUGAUGUCUGGGUCAUUGUUUCAGAUGUGGCUUAUAUCUUAUCAACAGGAUUUACACUUAUGCUGGAUAAUCUCUGGCAGAUGUGCAGACAGAUGAUUCAUGGAAAAUAUGACACAACUGUUGCUGAUCCUUUGCAUGUCUGACCUUUCGCAGGUUCAGCUAUUCCUGUGGGCAUCGACGUCCAGGUAGAAAGCAUAGACAGCAUAUCGGAAGUAAACAUGGUGCGUGCACUUACAAAUUCUGGAGUUUGUUUACCAGUGUCACUUUUUGUUUGCUGGCCUUGAGGAUAAAUAGUCAGUUUUUUUUUAUGGUUUUGUUUCUAGGACUUCACCAUGACUUUGUACUUGAGGCAUUACUGGCAGGAUGACCGCCUGGCCUUUCCCUCCAGCAGCAACAAGAGUCGGACCUUUGACGCACGUCUUGUGAAAAAAAUUUGGGUUCCUGAUGUGUUCUUCGUUCACUCUAAGCGUUCUUUUAUCCAUGACACAACCAUGGAGAACAUCAUGCUGAGGGUUUUUCCAGAUGGAAACAUCCUCUACAGUGUUAGGUGAGUGAAGGCUGUCUUUUUUACUACACAAAAACAUGUUAACAAUCAAGACUGAACGAUGGUACAUUACAUUUGUCCCUCUGAGUUUUAAAAGCUUUUUUAUUCCUGUUUUUGUGAAUUGCACAAUCGUUCUGUAAAAGCCUGCAGUUUGUGACAUUACUUCAAAUUAAUUUCCUUAUCAGAUUGUGACAUAAUUAUUGUGACAACUUAAAGUUGCUGUGAGGAGCUUUUGAUUUCUGCCAAUUUUGGCUCCCUCUUAAAACCUCUUACUCUUUUGUUCUGAACUCUCGUCUUUUCUGAUAAAAAUAUCAUCUGAUUUUCCUUUAAUGGACAUGUAUUGCACUGUGAAAAUUUGAUGCUGUCAAUAGUAAAAACAGACUUCUUUAUCUUGUUUUCAGUGGUUACAGACUCUCAGCGUUACAAAAUAGAAACCGUCAGACUUCUUGGUGAAGGUCGUUUGCUUUUGUAGGUCCUAACUAGGUAUCAUUGUUAAUUCCAAUGUGCUUCAUGACCAAUUAAAAACUUCUCACAGUAGCUUUACUUAAACUACAGUAAAUCACCAUGGGAUAACCCUAACUCUACAUUGAGGUACAAAAUGCUGGUCAUAAGCAUCAAAUCUGAGUUUCUGUUAGCGACAUGGCCAAAAAAAUGGUCUAAAAGAUGCAAAGUUUCGGAGGAUAGAUAAGCGAUACCCUGUGAUCGUGUGUGCAAUAUCACCAAUUGAGAGGGUUUAAUAGUUUAACAAUCAAAAAAGUUAGUGAUGCACACAGCAGGAGAAAAUAGUUGAUUGGGAUUUGCAGAAAAGUUGCAGGGUUUGAAUAAAUGUGCAAGGUUACACAGGAUGCACAGACAUUGGUUGAAUUUCCAAGAGUAGUUUCUGAACAGUACACAGAAUACCCCCCCGGGGAUACGCUGUUUGGGUUGAGCAUCAUCACAGUGAUUCUCAGGGACUCUCCCACCAAAUGCAUACAGUACUGUGCAAUGUUUGUUUCAGGAUGUGGAGGAAAAACCCGUUAUUACCGAGAGCUUUUUGGCUUUAAAUCUGCAUAAUGACGAAAGGCGGAACCAAGUUGUCCAUAGUAUAUACAGUCUAUAGUCCCUCACCCUCCACACAACCUUCUGAAAAAUUCCUUAACCCCCAUCCCCUAUUGGUAUUGUCCUUAUACUGAACAAUUGUAGUUAAAAAUAGUUUUUUUGUGUCCUAUUAGUUCAAGUGCACAUGCAAUCCAAAACAAAAAUGUGUCCUUUGGUCUCAAUGAGGACACACACUAAAACUCCCCUUUGCCCCACACAAUGGCGGCCUUAAAAGGCCUCUGUCAAACAAUAGAAGUUAAAAUGAUCGUAUAGAGGCUUCUUUCAGGAAAAACUUUUAAGGGUAUUUUUGAGGAGAGCAGUCCCCAAAAUGUGAAGAUGUGGCAGCAGAUCUCUAAGGCACGUUCAAAACACGAGGCUGCAUUUGAAGAAAUAUUACAAAAUGUUGUUGUAGUCUUACAUAUGCAAUACUGUCACGGUUUUCAGUUAAGCAAAAAGGAAAGGGCCCAAAUGCAGAAACAAAAAGAUUUAUUCAAAAUGAACUAAAUAAAAAGCAACAAAAACUUGCUUAGAAUGUCCAACAGAAAAAAACAAGAGGCAAAAUCCACAAGAAACAAAAAUCCAAAAUCCAACAAAGGCACUGGGGGAAAAAACACUCUGACUCUGGAGACACUGACGACACUCAUACAUACCACACACCAUGAAAUGAACCAAGAAGGAGACAGAGGAAGACAGGGGCUGUGUCUGAAAUGAAUCACUCAAUCCCUAACCCCUAAUCCCCAUAUGGGGUUUCACUGUAUAGCUGACUAUGCAGUGAGCUCAUUCACCGAAGGUUUUGGACACUACCGUUUUGACGUUGCUGCUGGAUGACCGGAUGCCAACCGUCGGUGAGUGACCAUCAGAUGGUCACUACAUUUUGCAAUGCUUUAUGGGAAUUUUUGAGUCACCUAUAUGGGGCAUUGGCAUUGAUUACUCAGGUUUCAGACACCCCUCAAAAUGGCGCUAGGGAUCCAUUUUGGACACAGCCAGGGACUAUAUAUACACACACAGGGAAAUGAGCAACGAGAGGCAGGUGAGACACUGAGACACAGGUGCAGACAAUUACUUAGAAGGGAAAACUGUUAAAGUAAAACAAGACUAGAAACACAGGGAAUAAACUACUACAACACUAACAGGAAACACUGAAAACUGAUAAUAGAGAACAAAACACAGAACAUGAGGGAGACGGGGUCAGACACAAACUGAGAACGCACAAGACAAGACUACAGGGGAAGAGGAACAAUAGGGAACAGAAACACUUGGGAAAAUUCAAAGAAAAUACACUCAAAUCACAGGGAAACACUAAAAUAACAGAACAUAUCAUGACAAAUACAUCAAAUUUAAUAACCCUCGUUCAAAUAUUAUGAAAGAAAAUAUCAUCCAUGUAUUAUUAAUGAAUCGUAAAAAGAGCUGAGACUGAGAAGCACUUGAGACAGUGUCUAGUAAGCAUCCUGACUCAUCGUAUCCAUUUCAGUCACAGACAUCAACAAUAUGGCAUCAUCCCUAAACAGCUGGCUGCAGCCACUGGCUCUGUCAGAUGCAGACACAGUAACUGAAUGAACAGAUCAGUUUAUGUAACCAUACACAUCUUUGCUGUCAAAAUAAGUCAGGUUAACAUGAAUCUAGCUGGUAGACUGAUGUUAAUCUAUGCAGACUGAUGCUGGGUGACUGCUGGAUUAUGUGUCUCUGUUUUAAACUAUGAAUUGUGCUUUAGGAUCACAGUGACCGCGCUCUGCUCCAUGGACUUCAGCAGUUUUCCUCUGGACACACAGAACUGCUCUCUGGAGCUGGAGAGCUGUGAGUAUCACACUACAUCUGGGACAGCGCUUCUGUUUGUGGGAGCGUAACGGACGGUUGUGCAUUAACUCAACGUAUUUGACCGGAGAAUAUGUUGCACUUUUUUGGCAGCAUUGAUUUGCACUUUAGAUGCGCUUGCUUGUGAUACUUCUGACCUCAAUUAAUUGAUCAGACUCCAUGUUGCCUGUGCAAAACGCUAAUGGACAUUGAUUUAUGGUACGUAUACCGUGAAACUUCCAGUCCAUUUCCAGAUACCAUAGACAUGCACUAACCUUCACAAUCUUCUUUUCACAUAGAGUAAGUGAGUCAUAAUCCUCAAUCAGGUCAAUCUCGGUCCGUCAUACAUUUCUGUCUGUCUAAUGUGAGAUUUACGAGGGAUUGUUUUUAUUCUAUCCUCUUCUGAACUUUGAAAUUCUCUGCAUUUGAUUACAAAUAAUCACAGAGUCAGUGGUAAUUCCUGUAUAAAGAUUGUGGAUUUUUAAGUUUCUGUGGCUGGCUAUUUUUGUUUUUAUUUCAAAUAUAUUUUUUUACAUGAAUAAAGCAUGGAUUCUAGUUUUAGAGGAGCGUCAGGAGUUCCCGCUACGUGUGCUUCCUCCUCUCCCCUGAGAAACACAGCCAUGACUUUUCCUCCCUUUUCUCCUCUCUUGAAGAUGCUUACAAUGAGAACGACCUCAUGCUCUACUGGAAGAACGGGAACGAUUCAUUAAGGACUGACGAGAUCGUGCUCUCUCAGUUUUUUGUUGAAGACUUCCAGCCUUCCUUUGGGCUUGCCUUCUACAGCAGUACUGGUAUGUGAGGUGGGAGCAUGGGGGCCCUCUGAGCUGUACCCAGUUUGGGAACAACUGGAUGACUCCUGACUUAUCAAUAUCCAGUUUAUCAUACAUAAAAGCAAAACAGGUGAAAACUAUUACAAGUAUGCUUCUCUCAAAACGUUCUCAAACUGUUCAGAGUAAUCUUUGAUUAAUGUGUCUUUAAAUAAAUGAUGAAUGAUAUGAUAGGGAUUUAAGGAUCAAUACUGUACACUCUGAAACCUUUGACAAUGCAACAACAGCCAGCAGCUACCCGUCAUACCCUUUCUGUACUAUUAUAUAACUACUUGUUCACUUUUUGGGACUCAUGAUUAAACAUAAGUCUCAUGUUUUACCUGCGAGACACAAGUGUGUUUAGAAUAAGUACAGCCUGAAUAUUUAAUCAUCCCCACACAAAGGCUUUUUUGGGGGGCAUUAAGAUUGUAGAUCUCCAUCAGUUGUGACCAAAAUAGAAAGGAAGGAGGAUUUUAGGGACUGAACAUGAGCUAAAGUUAGUGGGAGCUUGACUUGUAGCCCAAACUGCUCAGCUAAAGAACGUCAGAGAAAAAUUUCUUUUAAUGAGAAACUGCCGUUAUGAAUAACCGGUCUACGGGUCAAUAAAAAAAACAAAAGAGAAGUACUGGCUCCAAGACUGUGUUUUGGGAUGUAACGGAUCACAGAUUUCAUGGUUUGGACCAAAGGGAUCCUGUGUUGUGGAUUGGAACAUUUAGCCAAGAAAUUUAACCCCUCCUUGACUCCUAGCUAUCGCCUCAAAAUGUGCAUUUAAUGACUCGGUAAAGUUUAUCUCACAUUGUGACAGUUUUAACUCCACAAAAAAUGGGACACUGUAAAAUGUUGAUUCAAUAUAUUUUAUGGUUUGCACAGCAGUUAAACCCUUUAAAUUACUGAAAAUAGGACAAAGAUGACAAGAAAUUGUAAAACUAAAAGAUCCAUCGAUAUGAGAGAAAUGUGUCCAAAAAGGACAAAGAGGGGAAAAAAACAAACACUAGAUGUCUGUCUGGAUAAAUACUGGAUGGCCAUGAUCUUUGGACACAAAAUGGUUCUGCUAUAAAAACAGAUAUGACCCUAAAACUAUUCAUCAUUGCAUCAUCAUUCAUUGUUUUAACCAAUCGAGACAAGUGCAUAACUGUGGUCUGAAAAAUCAAACUUAGACAUCCGUAUUUGGAAAUCAUGGACACUGUCCUCCACUCCAAGGAGGAGAGGUAAAAUCUGGCCUCUUAUCCAGUACACAGUUCAAAAACCAACACUAGUGAUCUUAUGCAUGGAAAACAAGACUAAACUGUCCUGCCAUUUGUCCAGCGGAUCACCAAGGUGCCUGCACAUGAUACUCCAACACUAGUGUAUUUUCACCGAGGGUAUUUAUUGGCAUUACGUUUAUUUGAACACCAUGAUAAAACCACAGGGGUGGUCAAUAUGAAUCAAGAAAUGACUGUGAUCUGUUGUACCACUACUCUGUAAAAUUACAUCAACCCAUACUGCAUUAUUUUGUGGCACAGACUCAGCUGAAGAUGGGGCAAAUAUUCCACCACAAAAAUUGCAAGUCUGCCAAGUCAUUUUGAGAUCGGAUAGUGAAUUUAGAUUGUUCAUCAUCAUCAGCGGCAGCCAUCUUUGUUGUUUACAAAUAUGCCUGGAAGGCGUUGGGUUGGCCUGACCCAAAUCGGACCAUUCAGUCAGUUAUCGAUUUAAAUGGGCAGGGGUCAGCAGAUGCAUUUUUCUGGUUUUCAGUCAAAGUGGUUUCAUUCUGCUUAUAUAACACUUCACAUGGUUCUUAGUAGUAAAAGUGCACAAAUAUAGUUCAAACAUGAAAAAAAGAAAUCCUCAAAUAAACUACAAAAUCAUUUCAGCCUAGUUAUGAUUGACUGGUCAGCUGAGUCCACUUUUUAAGGCCUGCUUGUGUCUGCUGUCAUAGUUUUUAGUGAAAAAGGACAGAAAAGGAAGCCAGGGAGAUUUUCUUCUCAGUGUGAAAUAAUCUUAUUGGAACCAAUCCACUUUAAGAGGCUGUUAUAUAACCUCAGCUCUAGACAGAUCUGCCUGAGAAAGUAAUCACUCGUUCAUCUGAGUUCGAGGUUCUCGCUGUAGGUCUAUCUUGUACUUCCUCGGAUCUAUAAUCCUGUAUAUCUCUUAAUGCAGAUUUUUCAGAGUUGUUUUCUUGUUUUCUCUCUCAGCUGUUCUGCUAUCCUCCCCCACCCUGUCAAGCCCACCUCCACUUUCUGUCCAUUUUUUUUUGUGUUCCAGGUUGGUACAAUCGGCUCUACAUAAACUUCAUUCUUAGGAGGCAUAUCUUCUUCUUCAUGCUACAGACUUACUUCCCCACCAUGUUGAUGGUGAUGCUGUCCUGGGUGUCUUUCUGGAUAGACAGGAGAGCUGUACCUGCUCGUGUUUCUCUGGGUACUGUAACCAAGUCUUGCAUACGAAAUCCCACCAAUAUGUCUAUAAUAAGUUUCUUCUUCUUGUAUCCUUCACAAGUUUUUAUGCAGUUGGUUGAUCUAAAUCAUCAGUGCUAGAGCUGAAACAGAGAAACAUCAAUCCUCUACAGCAGGGGUGGGCAAUUCAUUUUUACAUGGGGCCACAUGAGCAACCUGAACUGUGUUGGAGGGCCCAACCAACAAUUACUUUAACUUCAAAUUUUAACUUCCAAUUGCCCUAAUAAGCAACUACUAGUCAAAAACAAGCCCCAAAAAAGCACACCCAUGACUCACGAGUUUUACAAGCGACUUCUGAGAGAAACAAGCCUAAAGUCGUUCAUAAUAAGCGGACUUGGCAACUCUAAGGCGUCUACGGAUAUUUUGCCGAUGUUUAAACUUGUCUCUGUUCACAAAUGCAGAUCUAGGAUGUAUGCACGUGCAUCCAAAUGGAAAUAAAACAUAAAUGGCUAGGUUUUCAAAAUAAAAGCAACACACUUGUAUAGCAUGUUGAUGAUUUGAUUGACAGACCUCACGAAGGGCCGGGCAGGGACAGCCAAAGGGCCGGAUGUAAAUAAAUAAAUAAAUCUAGGUGCAGCUAUAAAAAUGUAUUAAUUUGAAACUUAAUUGUUGAAACUACAAACAGAGUAGAUUUAGACUGACAACCUCUGAAAGAGUGUUAAAGUAAUGACAUUCAAACAAGUAAUCAGGUCACUUUUUUUGACAACAAAUUAAUAGCAUCAGCCAUCAUAAUCAAUAAUAACAGAUUAAUAAAACACAAAUAACAGGAAAAAAACUUUAAUAUUCAAAAGUUGUUUAUGUAAAUCUGACUCAUAUUCUUGAUUUAUUUUAGAAAAUGGUCAUUUAGGGCUUCUUAUAAUACCAACCAUGUAAUGAUCCACAAACUAGCGUAUUGGUAUAACUGCUGCAGCUUCAGAUUUGCUGACUAGUUCAAAUGAGUCAUUUGAGAAAGCUUCAUUAGUUGUAAAGCAACAUUUUGAUCACCUAUGUUGUGAUGCUGUGCUCUCUUCUGUAUCCAGGUAUCACCACUGUUCUGACAAUGUCCACCAUCAUCACUGGUGUCUCAGCCUCUAUGCCGCAGGUGUCCUAUGUCAAAGCCGUAGACAUCUACUUGUGGGCAAGCUUCCUGUUUGUCUUCCUGUCUGUUAUUGAGUACGCUGCGGUCAACUACUUCACCACAGUGGAGGAGAUGAAGAAGCUCAGGAGGGCAAAGGUCAUUUAUAUUCAAUUUUUCUCAGAUCUCAUGUGACACAUGUGACCCGCAGAAAAUCAUUUCCCGCCAUCUGGAGCUCGCUCCCUUAAUAGUCCAUCUCUCUCCCUUCCUCCUGUCGUCACAGAUCCCGGAGUCCUAUGACGCCACCCAGGCUAUGGCAUUUGAUGGUUGUUUCCAUGACAAUGAAAUCGACCUGGCUUCUCUCCCGGAGGUUGCCAGCACCCCAAACACAGAGAGAAACACCCAGACUCGCAACUCCACUGCCUCUGCUCCCACAGAGGGCACCAGACUACGUCGCAAGCACCCUGUCAAACAAAACCUCAAAUUUAUAAUGAGCAACAGCUACAUGAUUGACUCUUACUCCAGAGUCAUAUUUCCCAUGGCUUACCUGCUCUUCAACAUCAUUUACUGGAGUAUGUAUGCAUAACACAUAAACUACACAGCAGAGUAUGAAGUAGUUCUUUUUGAAUUAUUCUUAAGGCGUCUCUCCGACAAGCAGCAAUAAGUCGACAUUCAGUAAAAUACUGUGUAACGGGAUAUAACCUGGUAUGUUUGCUGCUGCUGCUGCUGACCAUAGAAAUCUAGCACUGCAGAAGUGUCCUGUCAAAACCUUUGACAGUAAAUGUCUGUCGAUUUCACGGACGGUUGUCUUUUUCACAUGCCUGUUUUAUAAGAGAAAGUGUUGUUGACGAUCACCUUCACAUUUUUAGAUUUUUUUGUAGCUCAAACAGACAAACACAUAAAACUGUAAACUUACU